GUUUUGCGUCGCGUAAUCGCAGUGAUUUAGCGUCUCCGAAUCGAAAAGAAUACCACAAAUUGAUAACGAGUUCAAAGUGUGUUCGAGCAAAGCUAACAUGAUAAUUUAACUCAGCUAAAAGCAGAAGAAGAAACAUUGAGUGUAUUUCGGUGAGAGCUGAAUACAAAACAAAUUUGCGACACAAGUGCAAAGUACACAAAACAACAACAACAACAACAACAACAAAAACAGCAAAAACAACAGUUGCAGAAAUGUCGCCUUUUAUGGAAAAAACGUUGCUGUUGUUAGGCGUGCUGUGUUGCAUACAAGUUACCACUGCCCUUAUGUGCUACGACUGCAACAGCGAGUACGAUCCACGUUGCGGUGAUCCCUUCGAGCCCUACUCCAUCGGCGAGGUCAACUGCAGCAAACAGGAGCCUCUGGAGCAUCUCAAGGACAAGUACAAGCCCAUGCUGUGCCGCAAGACUGUUCAGAAAAUUUACGGAAAGGUGCGCGUUGUGCGCGGCUGUGGUUAUAUACCCGACGAACGCACCGAUAAGGAGUGCAUAAGGCGUUUGGGCACACACGAUGUCUCCGCCACCUACUGCGCCUGCACCCAGGAGCUGUGCAAUGGGGCCAAUGCCGUUGGCAUAUCGCAGAUGGCGCUGCUGUUCGGAUUGGCCGCCGGAUUCGCGCUCUUCUUGACAAGACACAGCAUAAGAGUGCAGAGCUCAUAAAUAUCCAUUUAUUUUCCAAUUUUCCAAUAACAAUUUGUGUUUCAAUAUUAUUUGGUCUAAUUUCAAAUUGAGUUUUUGAUAAAAAUUCAGUUUUUAGCCACCUCGUUGGCCAGUUAAUUAAGUUGCAUAAUUUAAUUUAAUUAUACAUGUGUUCGUAAGCGUAAAAAAUGAGAGAUUACCAUAACAAAAAAAAAAAUAAACAUAUAAACUAAACUCUGUACUUAAUUUGUUGGGCUCAUAAAAAAUGCAAGAGUACCUUUAAUGUAAAUGUAAAAUGAAACAAAAUAAAAUGCAUAAACUCUAUUUGGGCGGUCAAAUCUAUUGAAUUGUUUUAUUCAUUAAGCUCAUUUUAAUUUUAUAUUAAUUUUAAUAAAUGUACUUAUAUCCAAACAAAAAACAGAAAUAAACAAAAAACUGCCAGUAAAUGUCUCCGCCUAAUACACAGAAAAAAAUGCAUGCCCAACUUUAAAGCCCAAAAACAAGCUUAACUAAAUAAAUUUUAGUUUCUCAAAUGUAUUGCAAAUGUCUGUUCGGUAUUUUGAAACUUCGAAAUCUUUUCAAACCUUGAUUUCCUUAGCACGAGAAGCUAUUAGAAAGUUCAAAGCAUUUCAACUAUUAAGACGCGAUAUUUACAUGCAGCAAAGAGCCCUAAAAGGUAAAUUUUAACAACAAACUCUUCACAUGAUAUCGAAAAAAAAAAAAAACAAACAAACAAUAAAUUAAAUAAUAAUCACAAUUCAAUGAGUACAUUAAUAGAGUAUAGUAUUUGAAGUAACUAGGACACCAGAUCAUUUGACAAACAAAUUAUGAGUCAUUGCAGAGUAAAAGAAAUAGAAUAAAAACUUAAAUUUCAACUAAAUGCAGAUAACAUAGCAAAACAAACUAUUUACAAAACCAACAAGAACAUUCAAGAAUAAAUAAGAAACUAUGAAAAUGUCACAUUUUGUCCAUUUUAAGCUUCAUACAAAAAAGAAAUUAUAUAAAAAUAG